CAUUAUAAUAUGGCAAAUCUGUUAUGUUAUUGUAGGUUGUCUCUUAAUUAUUAUUUCAAACAAUGUUUGCAAACAAAUUGGUAUUUGAAAUAACAGAUAAGAAAUUUUACAAAAUAAUAAGUGCUUAGUUGUUAAUUAUGUGCAAUAGGAAUUUCAUACUUCCACAACUUAUUACAAAGUAGAUAUUGUGUCUACAUAAAUUUUAAAUAUGGAUAGGUGGUUAACUGAUGAUGAUGAAGAAACAUGGAAAUGGAAUUGGACAGAAUUAUGUGGAUACAGUGGAGGCAUUAAGCCUUUAAAUCCAGAUACCCAUGAUCUUGAUAUUUGCUUUCAACAACUUUGUCUCCAGAUUCCAGUUUUAAUCUGUAUCGCUAUAAUUUCUGCUUAUCACUGUGGAAAAAGAAACAUAUAUCCUAUUCGUCAUUUUGGCUCUAAUUAUGUUAUAAAGUUGAGACUUAUAAUUACAGUGUGCCUUAUAAUUCUUCCUAUACUUAGAGCAUAUAUUAUUCUUAGUAAUACUGUUCUUGCUCCACCAAAGCAUGUAUUAUCUAGUAAUGAUCAGAUACAAGAAUAUAUUAUGACAUCAACUAAAAAGCCAGAUGUAUCUUUGGAGGAUUCAAGUAUAUUACAUCAUAUGCAAGAUGAAUGGAAUCGUACUAUUGAUUUUGCAAAAUCAAUUCUUUUCCCAAAGAACAGCAUUCAGAAUAUCACUGAAUCUUCUGUUAUUUCUAACACACAAGAAUAUGGUCUAAUAUUAACUGCAGUCAAAGAUAAAGUUACAUCAGCUAAACCUAUUGACUACCUUGUGGCGGGUACUGAAGGAUUAGCAUGGGUUGUUCAUCUUUGUUUCAUAACAAGCUUAAGAAGAGGAAGGAAUUUUAAUCCACGUGGCCCAGUUUCACUUCGGGCAUUAAUAUUUUUAUUGAUUGUUAUUUCUACAUUGCUGUUAAGAAGUCAUAUCAAGUACAAUCCUCAAAAUGAUGUUCUACCAAAUUUGUCAUUGGGAUUUAGUAUCAGUGUCGUCACUCUAUUAAUACUUUAUGCUAUAACAUUGAUACCCAGUCAUAGUAAUUUACAAGAUAUGAGAUCAUCUCAAUUUAAUGAAAUAGGAGAACAAACUGCACUAUUGAGUACUCCUAAUUCUUCUUAUGUAAGAUUUCCCGAAGGGCAGGACCCAAUUUAUCUUGGGACUGCUAUGGAGGAUGCAACCACAUCUUCCAAACUUAUAUUUUAUUGGGUAAAUUCAUUAAUGGAAAAGGGUAUUCAUGGUUUAUUAAAUCAUUCAGAUGAUUUAUUUGAUUUACCGGAAUAUAUCAGCACUAAUACAAUUAAUCAAAAGAUCGACAAGCAUCUACAAAAUAUGCCAAAUGAUAUAACUAAUCAAGUAGAAAAUUUUGAGUCAAUAUCAGAAGCACAUGUUCAAACAGUUACAAACAAAAUGACCUUGUUUAACUUAUUGCAUAAAUGCUUUGGUUGGGAGUUUUAUUCUGUUGGAAUAUUAAAAUUUAUCACUGACUCUACUUCAUUUAUGGGACCAUUAAUACUGAGCAAAUUAAUCGGUUUUAUUGAAGACAAAAAUGAACCUAUCUUAUAUGGAUACCUAUAUGCAUCAUUAAUAUUUAUAAGUGCUUUAAUAGGAGCAUUUUGUAAUACUCAUUUCACCUUCUGGAUGUCGGUAGUUGGUUUAAAAAUUCGUUGUACAGUUGUAACUUUGUUAUAUAGAAAGAUUUUGCACUCUUCAAAUAUCCAAUUGAAGCAGCAAUUUAAUUUUGGUGAAAUUGCUAAUUUUAUGAGUACGGAUAGUGAUAGACUUGUUAACAGUUGUGCAAGUUUUCAUGCAUUUUGGAGUAUACCAUUACAAUUAAUUGUAACAUUAUAUCUUCUAUACAAGCUAAUAGGAGUUUCAUUCUUAGCUGGAAUUGCUUUUGCAAUAAUACUUAUACCUAUAAAUAAAGCGAUAGCAACUCAAAUUGGAAAAUAUAGCACGAAAUUAAUGGAAUGUAAAGAUCAAAGGGUGAGACUUGUAGGAGAAACAUUACGUGGAAUAACUACGAUUAAAUUAAAUGUGUGGGAAGACCAUUUUUUGCGCAAUAUAUCAAAAUUGCGUGAAAAUGAGAUUAAAUAUUUACGGGGUAGAAAAUAUCUAGAUGCUUUAUGUGUUUACUUUUGGGCUACAACACCUGUAUUGAUAUCUAUAUUAACAUUUGCUACGUAUGUACUCCUUGGACAUGAACUUGAUGCAAAGACAGUAUUUACUAGUAUGGCAUUAUUGAACAUGUUAAUAGCUCCACUAAAUGCAUUUCCAUGGGUUUUGAAUGGUCUUACAGAAGCUUGGGUAUCGCUUAAGAGAAUUCAGAAAAUGUUAGAUUUACCAGAUGCGGAUAUGUCAUCAUAUUAUUCAAAACCACCGCCUGGAAUAGAUUUAGUGCUUCAGGAUACAAUGUUUAGCAUAAACACAGAUCAAAAUAUAGAACAAAAUGGUCUUACUACUCCUAAAGAUGUCACAAGCCCAUCUGGUAGUUCAGAGUCUAGAAAGAUUGUUACCUUUGAAGAUGAUGCUAUUUUUAGUCUACAUGACAUUAAUAUUACUGUUCCAAAGGGACACUUAAUUGGUAUUAUAGGAGAAGUAGGUAGCGGAAAAUCACUACUUUUAGAUGGUAUUUUAGGUGAAAUUAUUAAAGUCCGUGGUACGAUAGCAGUAAAUGACAUCGAAAACGGUUUUGCGUAUGUAAAACAAAAUCCGUGGUUGCAACGUGGUACAAUUCGAGACAACAUUCUUUUUGGGAAAUCAUAUGAUUACAAUAAAUAUAAGAAUAUUUUGAAAGCAUGUGCUCUCAGUGCUGAUUUAAAUUCCUUGCCUAAGAAAGAUCUAACACCUAUUGGUGAGGCAGGAAACACGUUAAGUGGAGGUCAAAAGACAAGAAUUUCUUUGGCACGUGCUGUUUAUGCGGAUAAAGAUAUUUAUUUAUUAGACGAUGUUUUGGCGACUUUAGAUCCAAAAGUUGCUAGUUAUAUAUUUAAACGUGUUAUUAUGGGUUUACUGAAUAACAAAACAAGAUUGUUAUGUACUCAUCAAACUCGAUAUUUAAUGUAUGCAAAUUUAGUAAUAGAAAUGUCAAAAGGCAGAAUCAUUAAUCAGGGUAAACCAAGUGACAUGUUACCUGAUAUAGAAGAUUACUUAUUAUCUUCAGAGUCUAUAGAGCCAGACUUAGACAGCAUAUCCAUAAAUGAUUUACCAAGAGAACUAAAUCAAACUGAUAAAAACAAAAAGGAUCCCUUGCUUGAUGAAGAAUAUAAAGAAAAAGGCAAAGUUCAACUUGGUGUAUAUAAUUGUUACAUAAAAGCAAUAGGAUAUUAUUUAGCAAUUUCAAUAAUGCUCUCUAUGUUCCUAAUGCAAAGUUCCAAAAACGUCACGGAUUUAUGGCUUUCUUAUUGGGUUACUCACAGUAACAAAAGUGUAACUAAUAUCACAGACAGCUCACCAACUUUACGAUUAAAUCAUGUCUUUGACAAUUAUAAUAUAAGCACUAAUUAUUAUUUAACGGUAUAUUCGCUAUUAGCUGUAUUUAAUACAUUAUUCACAUUAAUGAGAGCAUUUAUGUUUGCAUAUGGUGGAAUUCAAGCAGCAAUUUCUAUACACAAACAACUUUUAAAGGUUGUAGUACGGGCUAAAGCUGUAUUUUUUGAUAUUCAACCAUUUGGAAGAAUUCUAAAUAGGUUUUCGUCCGACACAUAUACAGUCGAUGAUAGUCUUCCUUUCAUCGCUAAUAUAUUAUUCGCUCAGCUAUUUGGAUUGAUUGCAACAGUUAUUGUCAUAGCCUAUGGAAUACCGUGGAUACUUUUGAUACUGGCGCCAUUAAUACCGGUUUAUCAUUGGAUUCAAAAUCAUUAUAGAUUAACAUCGAGAGAAUUGAAGCGUUUAUCUAGUGCCGCACUUUCACCAUUAUAUGCACAUUUUAAUGAAACUCUACAUGGACUAUCUACCAUUAGAGCUUUUCGCAUGGUAUCUCGCUUCAAACAAGCAAACGAACUCUUGUUAGAAAUCAGUCAAAAAGCGCAGUUUGCGUCGUUUGCAGUAAGCCAGUGGCUUGCAUUAAGAUUACAACUCAUUGGAGUAGCACUUUUAGCAGGAGUGAGCAAUAUAGCAGUUUUACAACAUCAAUAUGACAUUGCGGACCCUGGUUUAAUAGGUCUUAUUAUUACUUACACAUUGUCCGUGACUGGGCUGCUAUCUGGCGUAGUAAACGCAUUUGUUGAAACGGAGAGGGAAAUGAUCGCGGUUGAACGUGUAAAACAGUAUUUAGAGAAUGUUCCAGUAGAAACUGCGAAAGGAGAAAAUCCACCAUAUGCUUGGCCGAGUCAGGGUGUAAUUGAAUUUAGGAACGUCGUUUUAAAAUAUAGAGAGCAUUUAGUGCCAUCAUUGAAUGGCAUAUCAUUUGUCACGAGGCCAGCAGAAAAAAUUGGAAUUGUUGGUCGUACAGGUGCUGGUAAAAGUUCCCUGUUUGCUUCAUUAUUUAGAUUGACGGAAGUAACUUCCGGGAGCAUAUUGAUCGAUAACGUGAACAUACGAACCUUACAACUAAAUGCAAUAAGAUCUCGAUUAGCUAUCAUACCUCAAAAUCCAUUUUUAUUUUCGGGUACGAUACGAGAAAAUCUUGAUCCGCUAAAUCAAUAUCCAGAUUUACAAAUAUAUAAAGCUCUCGAGAAAUGCAAAAUUCAUUCGUUGGUACAUCGUUUAGGGGGUCUUGGUGCUACUUUAAAUGAAAGUGGUAACAAUUUUAGUGCAGGACAAAGGCAAUUGUUGUGUUUAGUCAGAGCAAUUUUACAUAACGCUAAGAUCGUCUGUAUCGAUGAAGCUACGGCAAACGUUGAUCAAGAAACAGACAAGUUUAUUCAAGCGACAAUAAAGUCUUCCUUCCAGACCGCUACAGUACUCACUAUAGCGCAUAGGAUAAGGACGAUCAUGUACUGUGAUAGAGUUCUUGUAAUGGGAGAUGGCGAAGUUUUAGAAUUUGAAGAACCGAAUUUAUUGAUUCAAAAUGUUAAUUCCCAUUUCUAUCAUUUAGUAAGCCAAGAAUUUUCUGAUAAGGAAUGAACGUUCUAAGACUAGAUAUGUUUCAUCCAAAUAUAUUUAUUUUUUCUUACGCAACGAACUUUUUACAAGUACGUAGUCUUAUAAUGUGACAUGGUAUUAGUUAUUUUUACUGCAUAUAGCAUAACGCACCUUGUACAUCAUCGGUAAGAAAUUUGUAUUUUGUCCUAUCAUAAUUAUUAAAUAAAUCGUAAUUAUUUUCGUACGAAUAUAA